UGUAACAUAUCAAAUAGGCCUAGGUACGAACUAAUCACAAUUGUUAUAAGAAUUGCCUAAAUUCCCUUAAAUUUCAUUGCAUAAAAUUUGCACGGAAACUCAAGAAUGGGAUCGAAUAAAAUGUCUUUUUGGCAAUAAUACCCUGGUCUGUGGUCACGAAUGUAAACAGCCACUCCACCUGAUCGGUGUCAAAUGAACACUGGGAACAUGCGUCGGCCUCUCAGUCUCGGUCAACUCCUUUGCAUUUUGUAGACCGUAUCCUUUUGAGGAAAGAACUCAUAGGCCUAGUCAUACGUGCAUUGAGUGAGAGGAAGCAUCGAAAUGCCCAUGUCUGAAAGAGCUUUUUCCUUCGUGACCUGUAGAAGCCUCUACUAACUCUAACUAUAUAAGUGGUCUUUAACCUCCAAGAUCACUAUACACAGUUCUGAGAGGUGGUGUAAAUCAAGCCCAGGCGCCGGCUGGGGCUGAACCUUCUGUGCGGGCCUAUUUGUUUCCCUAUUCAUUGUCAAGAGGAAUCUUAUCAUUUUGACAAUGUCGGAGACAAAUAUCAUCAAUGACUACUUGGCUGGAGCAAUCGGAGGUUGUGCUGGUGUGGUGGUCGGUCAUCCGUUAGACACGAUAAAGGUUCAGAUACAAACUCAGGAAUAUGGUGGAAAAUACGCCAGUAUGAUGGACUGCAUUCGAACUGUGCAGGCUCAAAAUCUGUCCAAAGGGUAUUUUCGAGGGCUGAGCUGGCCUCUGUUUUCCUACGGUGUCAUCAACUCUGUGUUUUUUGGCACGUACGGUGUAGCACUGAAAGCACAAGGCUGUGAAGAAAUCGCUGGCAGCAAGCCUCAGUAUGGCGCUAUAGCUAUUGCUUCAGCCGUGGCCACUUUGCCCCAGCUGCUGAUCAUGUGUCCUGUGGAGGUCAUCAAGGUCACUUUGCAGUCUCAGAUUCCUCACACUCACAACGUUCCAAAGACGGCUGCUAAGCAAUACUUCAGUGGUCCCAUGGAAGCUGCAACAAGCAUUAUCAAAACAUCUGGAUACAGAGGAAUGUACAGAGGAUUUUGUACUCAAAUUAUACGUGACACCCCAGCUUCUGUAGCGUACCUAGUGAUCUAUUCCUUCUUACAGUACGAAAGUCAGAAGAGGAUGCCUUCCUUUCCCAGCCAGCUAGGGAACUUUAUUAGUGGUGGAAUAUCCGGAGUCCUUAGCUGGAUGAUCAUCAUGCCUUUCGACGUAAUCAAGAGCAAGUUGCAAGCUGAUCCAAACAAACAGAUGUACGAAGGCUUCUGGGAUUGUACUAAGAAAGUCUAUAGUGCUGGAGGACUCAGAGCAUUCAUCAUGGGCUUUGUGCCCAUGUCAAUAAGAGCUUUCCCAGUGAACGCAGUGACGUUGAUGGUGUACUCAGAAAGUUUAUUAUAUUUAAAUAGAUAUAACAGCUAGAUGGUGUACUCAGAGAGUUUAUUAGACUUAAAUAGAUAUAACAGCUGAGCUCUGGACACCCUUGCUUUUCUAACAUCUGGGCACUGUGUGCCUCCUGAAAUCAAAAUUAGUAUGAAGCAGAUCAACAGACUGGACAGUAUUACGUUGUGUGAUAGUUACCUCAGCUCAGCUCUUGCAAGUGUUGACCUAAUUGAAGAAUUGUAAGAGUUCCAUGAAGUAGUUUUCGUUCUUAAUGUUAUUGUGUCAAUUGAUUUAACGCUUCGCAGUCAUUUUCCGCAAUCAUGUAGUGGUGAAAAUUAUUGUCACCCGUCACUGGACACAGUUCUGUGACACGCCUGAGAAGUCCGUUGCAGUCACACUCCUGGCUAGGUGACCAGAUGGGGUGUUUUGUACUGCUGGUUGUGUGACUGCAAAGUUGUUCUUAACAAUCAAAAAGAUGCUUGUUAGAUUUUAUAUGUAUUUCCCCCCCCCCCCCCCUUUCCCCUUCAGCAUACUCUUAGGCACUUGCCAAUUUGAUUUAAGUUAGCUUAAAAUAGAUUUUUGUGGGUGUGUGCUUAAAACGUUCCUGUGACAUUGCCAUACUUUUCGACCUGCAAGUGUGGAAAACAGAGUAUCCAGCUUAACCUGUAUUACCUGUCCUGGGCAACAACGUCAUUGCACACUGGACAGGUCCAUAAGAGCUUAACCUGUUUAUUGGUUCACUCAAGGACACACGAUGUCUAGUGGUUUGGCUACUUGUCCUGUAAUCAUGGGACUGCAGGUUCGAAGAUUUGAGUUCGGCUUUUUCAGACAUUGUGCGCAUGGGAAGGGCAGUUUUCACCAAUUUUUCCAUAUGGCUUGGUCCUAUCAGAGAUGGCCUUUAAAUUCAGAAGUCCGACCCCUUAACUCCAGUAAUAAGCCCGUUCCCCAUCGGACGCUCUGAGCGUCCGAUACUAGUGGCAACUGUUUCGUUGUAUUUCCUGCUAGUUUUUGCUUGUUUUUCAGAACUAUUUCUGAACCAAGUUCAUUAGUAAUGACUGAGCCUUUGUUUCCGCCAUUUAGAAGUUGGAGGUAAGCUUUUGGGGUUAUAAUGAGACAUAGUGCACCAGUUUUAGGUGACUGUGGAAAAACACUCCGGGAUAUGGUGGGAAAAAAACUCAGGGUUUAAAGAGUUACAUAACCUUAGAGUGUUGUAAGGGGCGUUAAACUUAUACAUUUUCCGUUGUUAAAGGACUCAUGAAGUAGGAGGAUUUUGUUUCUUUCUUAGAUCUUAGAAGGGGAUGAUGGGGGAUAGGGUAUAAAACUAUAGAGGUGAGUUGAUGAUUAAAUGAAAACUUAGUUGGAGGGUGAAUUAAAAGUUUAGGGUCAAGAGUCAGAAGGUGAAUGGCACUGUAAAUGAAUGAGGGGUUUUAAUCAAUGGAGCCAAAAUGCAAUAUUACUGUCAGUACUUUAAUAUGCUCAGAUUAUAACUCAUUACUUUUUUAAAAUAUUAUUUUGUGGUCUUGUUUUGAUUUUGAUUCAGUCUGAUUCGUAACUUCCUUUUACUUUUCGACUAAUUUUUUAAAAUUUAGAUUAUACUCCACUGAUCAGUAUUCCACUCGGUUUGUCAGGACUCUACUCAACAAACACAGAUUUAAAAACAUGUCUAGGUCUACCCAAUAUUUACUCGAUAAAAUACGCCAUGCAAAACUAAACAUUCAAAAUACUCAUGUAAUAGGGAAAACUAUGAGUGAGAUAAAGCAACAAUGUAUUUUAAUUCUAUCGUUACUUUACAUUCGUUUAAAGACUGUUCUAACAUCUUUUACCUUUCUAUAAUUGUGCAGCUAUACCAAGGUUUUCACAAUUGAGCCUUCUAUAUAUAUAAUUAUAAUGACUUUUCCUAACUUUUCAGAGGAGGAAUGUGGACCUCAAGAUAUUUUCAUAUAUUUUGUGAAAGCUGUACUGAUGCAAAAUCUCGACUCCACUGUAGAACAAGAUUGAGACAGAACAAAGAAAUAGGAACAAAGGGCAUGUUUUUCUUUUGAUUUGGGCUCAGAACAAAAAUGUUGUUGUUACAUAUUAAGAUCUUCUUGCUACAAAAUUUAGCAAUUCGAGGACUGACUUUUAAAUAGGAACUGAACAAUAAAAUUGAUACCAGAUUUUCUUUAUUAUGUUAACCAGAUUUAUUAUUUAAAAAACAGCACUUAAUUAACGUUCUACUUUACAAUAGAAACACUGACUGAUCACUUUUUAUCAUUUCUUAACAACUAUCUUGGCAGUACCGCUGCUAUCUACUGAUAUUGUAUUGUUUUGGUAUUUUGUUUUUGUUUUGUUGAAGGGUUUAAUUUUUAUUUAAAACCUGUCAAU